AAACUAAAUGUUGAGAUUUAGCUAAGCUGAGGAUUUUGGGUAAAAAGAGAAUGGAACAUCAAUGUUGCAGCAAACAGAAAGUCAAGAGAGGGUUAUGGUCUCCUGAAGAAGAUGAGAAGCUAAUCAAGUUCAUCACCAACCAUGGCCAUGGUUCAUGGAGUUCUGUUCCAAAGCUGGCAGGGUUGCAAAGGUGUGGAAAGAGUUGCAGAUUGAGAUGGAUAAACUACUUGAGACCAGAUCUAAAACGAGGUUCUUUUACUGCACAAGAAGAGAGGACUAUUAUUGAUGUUCAUAGGAUUCUUGGCAACAGAUGGUCUCAAAUUGCUAAGCAUUUGCCUGGUAGAACUGAUAAUGAGGUCAAGAACUUCUGGAACUCUUGCAUCAAGAAGAAGCUAAGUGCUCAAGGUUUAGAUCCCAACACUCACAAACUCCUCUCUCCCAGUUAUAGAAAGAACUGCUACAAUAAUACUCCAUGCGGACUCUCUGCAGAUUCUAUUUACAACCCUAUCUCAUCUCCAUCAGCUUUUAGUAUUGUCAGUUCACAAAUGAAAGAUUUUUCCAUGGAUGAGAAGCAAACUCCCUUUAUCCCUUCUUUCCUUUCUAUUCCUCCUCCUGAUUCUAGUACUUCUUCUAGUCUUCAUCCUCUUCAUGCUUCCACCACAUGCGAACGCCAAAACUCUGAUAUUCAAGGUUCCCACGACCAUGCAAGCGAAUCUAUUUCAAUGGCAAGUGUCAACACUUCCUGUUUUGAUUCAAAUCCAUCUGGGUUUGAGAUCAUAUACGACAGCAGAUUGUGGAACGAUGCCAUAAAGCCCAUACAAUCCUCAAGACACGAAGAAAUGCUGGUAGAACAAGUAGUUGAAAUUGGAAAAACCAACGAGUACUUGAGCGCUGGUCAGAACAUGGAUGCUUCGUUUGAAAGCUCUAACUUUUAUUUAGAUCUUGAUUUUGCCGAGUGUACACUAUUGCCUGAGAUGUACUAUAGUGCUAGCUCCAUAGAUCAAUUGACAUGGGAUUUACAGGCCUUGUAACAACAAAAUAAACUUGUAUCGUUCUUUGUGUUUGUGUGCGCUUGGUCAAAGGUCGAAGAAAUGGUGGUGUGCUUGUUGACCAUAGUUUUUGAGCUUUUGUCUUGUACCGUACUUUUGAAAAAGGAUGAAGAAUAUAUAUAU